GAGAGAGAGCCUGCCGAAGCUCACGUUGGGCAAACUGCAAGGCGCACCACCGACUCGGGACGCCUCGUCCCAAAGUCUACGUCUUUUCCCACAAGUCCACACAAGCGUGCCAAGUUCCAAUGGCCUUGAUCCGAACAUUGGAGGCAUUAUCCCACCCUCAUCUACCUCGACUUUCCCUUCUCGUGCACUCGACCUUGGUCCCGUUCGUAGAUCCAUCCGAUACGGCGCUGCCGUGCUCCGUGGUCGGCGGGGUCAGCCGAAGAGAAGGGAACUGGAUCAGGAGGGGAAUCGUCGCCCAGCCCUUUUCUCAUCUUCACCCUCCUUUGAGUGACCCGAAGCGCGCGCGUCAUACUUCGCCCAGCUACAUACAGUCUGUCCCGCAAACUCUCGUGUACACCACCUUUUUGGUGCCUCCAUCCGCGGAACCACAGCCGGGCAGCCUGAUCUUGGCUCCUCGGUUGCCUUCUUUUUCCUCUGAUCCCUGUUUUCUACAUUCAUUCUGUACAGCUGCUGCGGCUCGGCGGCAGCCUGCCUUGGAUCUACUACCUACCGGUGCCACUACCGUCUACGGUUCUACCCCCAUCAAAAACCACCAGAAAGCAAAACGCGUCGGCGCCAGACUUGCCAAUAUAUCGCUGCCUGACCUACCUCGGCAUGUCACUCCUAUUAUCUCUUGUUCUAUCCUUACACACUAGGACAUCGCCGACGUGCGACAAUGCGGCUCUUGGUAAAUAACUUACCACAUCACUACC